AUGUCCAGUGAGCGAGUUGGUGUUUGUUCCUUUAUCAAAUCUGCUGCGCCACUCGCUGACUACUUCCACUGCUGCAUGCACGCGCUAAAUCUAAGUUGUUCUCGAGCCGCAAAGAUACCAGCAAUCAGACAUUGCAUGGAUGACAUCAAAGAUAUCAACAAUUUCUUCAAGCAUGCGAAAAGAAACAGCUAUUUGCAAGCAGUCAUAGCACGAGAAUCAAUUGAAGAGUUUCAGCGACGGCAGUUGGUGACCCUCUGUGAAACAAGAUUUGUCGAAAGACAUGAAUCAGUUUUGGUUGCACGACAGCUUUUGCCUUACAUCGUUGUGUGCUUGGAGGAAAUGCUCGCUUGGGACUCAUUAGAUACAAGAAAAGAUGCCAGGAGAUUGUUAAAAAGUUUGCAAGACCCUCAGUUCCUUGUAGCGCUAGUAUUGGCCGAGAAAGUGUCUGCUGUACUUCGCCCAGUGUCCCGUUCUUUGCAACAAAUUGGUAGCGAUCUUGUGAAAGCAAUGUCGACGAUUUCUGCGACACAGUCAAAGCUUUACACGUGGCGUAAAGGUGAAGAAAAUGAGUUUGCUUCGAUGUUUGAAGAGGCAAUGCUUCUUGGCGAAAAUAUUGGAGUGACCAGAGAAGAGAUGCACGCAAUUCCUCGAGCAGUCAGUCAAUCCAGGUUCAGAUCAAAUGCAGGUGAAGCCAAUCAAAAAGCCAUUGAUUAUUAUCGUAUCAAUGUGUUUUUACCUCUUCUUGAUGAAGUGGCUGGAGAUAUGAAAGCAAGAUUUGGUCCCCAUCAGCAGAAGAUUGCGACGCUUACAAGAAUUCUGCCUUGUUUCGUCAAAGAAUCAACUUGGCAAGAUAUUUUGCCUGCAGCACUAAAAUACGGAGUCUUUUUAGACCCCUUGUCCAUUGUUGAAGGAGAGUAUGAAAUUUGGAAGCAGCAAUGGCUGUCACGUGGAACAAGUACAGUAGCAAAUACCGCUAUCGGCGCUUUAGGCGACUGCCAAGGUGAUGUAUUUCCUAAUUUGCAUACAUUACUCAACAUUCUCACUGUGCUACCGGUGACAACAGCAGAACCCGAACGACUAUUUUCUAAACUGAAUAGUACCCUUACAGCAAUUCGGUCAACAAUGUCUGAGGAGAGAUUAGAAUCCCUACUUCUUCUGCAAGUUCACCGUGACAGAACACCAACGAGCGAUAAACUCAUUGACUCAUUCGCAGCAUUAAAAUCAAGACGAAUCCCAUUAAAGCUGUAA